AUGCUACUGAUAAUGUGGCUUCUUGCGGCCUUUGGCGCCAUCUUAGGCAUUGCGACCGCUGAGUACGACACCAGCACCUGUUAUACCUUUGCGAUCACUGCCUCGACUACCUUGACCAUCCCUCCGGUCACAAUCGUCAAGACGACCCCGAUCACCACUGUCACGCUGAGUGACAGAGAUGUGGCAUCUCAACUGAACUCGGUCAAUGCCGACCCAGCCUCAACGUCAUCGUCCGUGCCAGAUCAGUCUGUUACUAUUGACGCCUACCGCAUUGAAACCCUCGUCCAGUGUGGAGAGUCAAUCUCCACCCUCUUUGGGUCAAUUUCUUGGACUGCGGUGUCCGAGACUGCGAUGAGCAGCAGCAUCGACUCUUAUAUCCCGGCCUCAGCUACACCAAGCUUGACCGUCUCGACCUACCAGCCCAUGACACCAAUUCCUUACCCUCCAAGUACUGAAGUGUCGUUGACCUCGUACCCUGAGUCAAGCAUCGCCUCCGCUGCGGACUCCUCCACAACGGAAUCAACUCUACCCUCCAGUUUUCUCAAGCUAUACAUCGGAGGCCCCUGCUCCUACCUCGUAUGCGACUGA